CGCGGUGACGCGCGGGGCUGCUGCGGCUGCUCCGCCGGCGGAUCAUCACUCUCGGGCUGGGAUGGACGCGGGGCGGGCGGGCCCUGGCGCGCGGAGCCGGGAGUCCGGGCCUCCCGGCUGCUGAGCGUCCCUCGAAGCCUCCCCUCACCUCCGCCUUCCCUCCUAGGAGCCGCGCUGACCCCCGCCCCGGGGCUCUGGACUCGGCUCCCGCCCUCCUCUGACUCCCCGGACCUCCCCCUCCUGCCCGCCCUCGGGAUCGACUAGAUCCCUCCCCCUCCCCGAGGAUUCCGGCUAGAUCCCUGCCCCUGCACCGCGGAUCCUGCGCUCCCGGGCCCCGGGCCCCUGGGGAUUGCCGUGUACUCCUCCUCCAGCACCCGAGCCUUAGGAUCCUCCGCUUGGACCGCCUUCUGGUCCCUCGAAGCCGGCCCACGGAACCAGUGGACCCUCAAUCUAGUCCUGUCCCGUUGCCCCCUCUUUGCUGUAUCGUCCCUACUGCGGGGUUCCCUGUUCUCGGGCUCCCCUAGAUCCCAUCCCCUAGCUCUCCUUUUCCCGGGGAUCGACUGGAUCCCGGCCCCGCCCCCCGGGGCUGGGGCGAUCCCCCUCCCCCGCCGGGUGAGGCGCUGCGGGCGGGGGCUGGGCCUGCGGGGCCGCGGGGGCUCAGAGGCCGCCGCCCCCUCCCGAAGGCCGUUCGCCCCCAACUCGGAGCCCUGGAUGGAGGCAUCACGGCCCCAGGGCUGAGCCAGGUCGGGCCUGCCUUCACCUUCUCCCACCUCCUUCCCCUUCCCCACCCCGUGCCCCCUCCAUGGAGAGGAACAGGCCCCUUCUCUGUCCAGUCUAACCCAGGUCCCUCCCCACCCCCCUCCUCCCUUCUUUCCCCCACCCCCUCCUCCCUCCUGGGGCGAGGGGGGCCUCCCUCCCUCUCCCCCCCCUUCUCUCUCUCUCCGAGGGGGGGGGUCCCGGGGAGGGAGGGGGGGUCCCCCGAUCAGCAUGUGGCUCCUGGCGCUGUGUCUGGUGGGGCUGGCGGGGGCUCAACGGGGGGGAGGGGGGCCCGGCGGCGGCGCCCAGGGCGGCCCGGGCCUGGGCCUCGGCAGCCUCGGGGAGGAGCGCUUCCCGGUGGUGAACACGGCCUACGGGCGAGUGCGCGGCGUGCGGCGCGAGCUCAACAACGAGAUCCUGGGCCCCGUCGUGCAGUUCUUGGGCGUGCCCUACGCCACGCCGCCCCUGGGCGCCCGCCGCUUCCAGCCGCCUGAGGCGCCCGCCUCGUGGCCCGGCGUGCGCAACGCCACCACCCUGCCGCCCGCCUGCCCGCAGAACCUGCACGGGGCGCUGCCCGCCAUCAUGCUGCCUGUGUGGUUCACCGACAACUUGGAGGCGGCCGCCACCUACGUGCAGAACCAGAGCGAGGACUGCCUGUACCUCAACCUCUACGUGCCCACCGAGGACGGUCCGCUCACAAAAAAACGUGACGAGGCGACGCUCAAUCCGCCAGACACAGAUAUCCGUGACCCUGGGAAGAAGCCCGUGAUGCUGUUUCUCCACGGCGGGUCCUACAUGGAGGGCACCGGAAACAUGUUCGAUGGCUCAGUCCUGGCUGCCUAUGGCAACGUCAUUGUAGCCACGCUCAACUACCGUCUUGGGGUGCUCGGUUUUCUCAGCACCGGGGACCAGGCAGCAAAAGGCAACUAUGGGCUCCUGGACCAGAUCCAGGCCCUGCGCUGGCUCAGUGAAAACAUCGCCCAUUUUGGGGGCGACCCCGAGCGCAUCACCAUCUUUGGGUCCGGGGCAGGGGCCUCCUGCGUCAACCUUUUGAUCCUCUCCCACCAUUCAGAAGGGCUGUUCCAGAAGGCCAUCGCCCAGAGUGGCACUGCCAUUUCCAGCUGGUCCGUCAACUACCAGCCGCUCAAAUACACGCGGCUGCUGGCAGCCAAAGUGGGCUGUGACCGAGAGGACAGCGCCGAAGCUGUGGAGUGUCUGCGUCGGAAGCCCUCCCGGGAACUGGUGGACCAGGACGUGCAGCCCGCCCGCUACCACAUCGCCUUUGGGCCCGUGGUGGACGGCGACGUGGUCCCCGAUGACCCUGAGAUCCUCAUGCAGCAGGGAGAAUUCCUCAACUACGACAUGCUCAUCGGCGUCAACCAGGGAGAGGGUCUCAAGUUCGUGGAGGACUCUGCAGAGAGCGAGGACGGUGUGUCUGCCAGCGCCUUCGACUUCACUGUGUCCAACUUUGUGGACAACCUGUAUGGCUACCCGGAGGGCAAGGAUGUGCUUCGGGAGACCAUCAAGUUCAUGUACACAGACUGGGCUGACCGGGACAAUGGCGAGAUGCGCCGCAAGACCCUGCUGGCGCUCUUCACCGACCACCAAUGGGUGGCACCAGCUGUGGCCACCGCCAAGCUGCACGCUGACUACCAGUCUCCUGUCUACUUUUACACCUUCUACCACCACUGCCAGGCGGAGGGUCGGCCUGAGUGGGCAGAUGCAGCACAUGGGGACGAACUGCCCUAUGUCUUUGGUGUGCCCAUGGUGGGUGCCACCGAUCUCUUCCCCUGUAACUUUUCCAAGAAUGACGUCAUGCUCAGUGCUGUGGUCAUGACCUACUGGACCAACUUCGCCAAGACUGGGGACCCCAACCAACCAGUGCCACAGGAUACCAAGUUCAUCCACACGAAACCCAAUCGCUUUGAGGAGGUGGUGUGGAGCAAAUUCAACAGCAAGGAGAAGCAGUAUCUGCACAUAGGCUUGAAGCCACGAGUGCGUGACAACUACCGCGCCAACAAGGUGGCCUUCUGGCUGGAGCUCGUGCCCCACCUGCACAACCUACACACGGAGCUCUUCACCACCACCACGCGCCUGCCUCCCUACGCCACGCGCUGGCCGCCUCGCCCACCCGCCGGUGCCCCGGGUACACGCCGCCCCCCGCCGCCCGCCACCCUUCCGCCCGAGCCCGAGCCUGAGCCAGGCCCGAGGGCCUACGACCGCUUCCCCGGGGACUCGAGGGACUACUCCACGGAGCUGAGCGUCACCGUGGCCGUGGGUGCCUCCCUCCUCUUCCUCAACAUCCUGGCCUUUGCUGCCCUCUACUACAAGCGGGACCGGCGACAGGAGCUGCGCUGCCGGAGGCUUAGCCCACCUGGCGGCUCUGGCUCUGGCGUGCCCGGUGGGGGCCCCUUGCUCCCCACCGCCGGCCGCGAGCUGCCACCAGAGGAGGAGCUGGUGUCCCUGCAGCUGAAGCGGGGUGGUGGCGUCGGGGCGGACCCUGCUGAGGCUCUGCGCCCUGCCUGCCCACCCGACUACACCCUGGCCCUGCGCCGGGCACCGGACGAUGUGCCUCUCUUGGCCCCAGGGGCCCUGACCCUGCUGCCCAGUGGCCUGGGGCCACCGCCACCCCCACCGCCUCCGUCCCUUCAUCCCUUUGGGCCCUUCCCCCCGCCUCCCCCCACCGCUACCAGCCACAACAACACGCUACCCCACCCCCACUCCACCACUCGGGUAUAGGGAGCGGCGUGGGGAGGCCCUCCUCCCCGGCCCCCCCCGGCCCGGCCCCUCCGAAGGCAGGGAGGAGGACUCGGCGACCGGCUUUUCUCCUGGGGAGUCGUCACGUGCCAUCCAGCAGCACAAAGGUGGACCUGGGACCCCUCGCUGCGACGUGUGCUUUCCCACGCGGAGAAGCCCAGUCUCCUCUCUGGACCUGGGCCUUUGAACAACUGGGGGGCGUUUUCUCCCCUCCAUUGGGACACCCAUCUUCGGUGUGUGGCAAUGUGGAAGUAUUUUCCCAAGUGCAGGUGUGCUUUCUCAAGGGGGUGUGUUUUCCCAUGUGCAGGGUGAGGUUUUUUUUUUUGCCGCCCUGGACACAUGUUGGCCCCCUCAAAGAAUUUCUGUGGGGAUUUGUACCCCAGAAUCCUGUUCCUUCAGGCCUUCUCCCACCUGCUCCCCUCCCUUCCCCUGGAGACCCUGGAAGUGGUAUGUUCACAUGCAGUGACCCUUGGCCACCAGACCACAGAGGGUGGAGCCCGGGAAGCAGCGAGGAAAUCACAGCCCCCCUCGACCCUGCCUCCCCUGUGCCCCACCCUGGUGAAGCAUGUUCCCCCGCCCCCCGCCCCUCCUUUUGGCACAAGUCAGAUGGAAGCACGUUCUCCAGGGUGGCCCUCCCCUUCCUCAGAGGACGGGCACAGAUUUCCUGCCCGGGGGGAGGGAGGAGUCCACGCAUCCUGGUGCUGCCUGGAAGCUUCUCUUCCCGUGGCCCAGGAAGCAUUUCUGAGUGGAAACGUGUUUGCACGUGGAUGUGUGUUUCCCAUGCAGGUGGCUCCUCUCUCCCCAGCCCUUCCCUGCCUCCCCCAGGCCCCAGGCCCAGCCCUCAAUCCCUCCUCUCAUGGCAAGUGAGCACAGACCUCUAGUGGACAGGAGCUGAGGAGGGUGCAAAACCCAGAGGGAGGCCCCGCUCCCUCCCUCGGAGAUGAAGAGGUAGGGGAGGGGGCGUGGCAUGUGCGGCCCACAGAGGCCAUGCACGUCUGAGCAAAGCCCUCAGCCCUCAGGGGGGCAAGGACAGCCUUUUCCUCAGGCCUCGGAGCGCGCUGCUCAGCUGUGCCAAACCGGGUAGGUGGAUUUGAGCAGAAAGACCCCCAAAAUGUGCCAAGCAUUUCCCAGUUCCCGGCAGGGCAGGAGGAACUAGAGGCAAGCAGAAUACAGGGUGAGGGAUGUGGCGGGUUAGGGGGGUCUCCUCUGUGCCCCUUCUCCUCGCCGCGUCUCCCCCACCCUGCCUCAGUCCCCCGUUCCUCUUCAUCUCCGUCUCCCUCUUUGAAGCUGUCCCCCUCUCAGCAUCAGACCCGCCUUCUCCUCAGCUGACCCCCCUCCUUCUCUGACCCCCGCCCCCUCCUUGGCUGAAAGAAAGGAGCCUUGAGGGGCCGAGGGGAGGCGGUGGGGAGAAAGAUCUCAUCGGGCAAAUUGGGGAGAAUGAGGUCAGCGGUGCUGAGGAACGGGUGGAGGGGGCAGUGGGGACGGAGCUCGGGCAGACCCGAGCGGGAAGAAUCUGACAUGUGUGAGAUGACGCCUUGGAGGGCCUUGGGUUUGAGCCUCUGGGGAAAGAAUGACGUCAGGAAGGGACCAGGGGAUGCCAGUGGACGAGGGGAGAAUCCUCAUCUGCUGGCGUUUUCUAGGGUGUUGGUGCCAAACUUGAGUGGGGGUGGGGUGCUGUCUUCCACUGACCCCCAAAUCCAGAAUCCCUGGUCUUGAGUCCCCAGACCUUCGCCUUAUGACUCGUCCCUUCUCCUCCUACCUCCAUCCACGGAAAAUUAGUUCUUUUCUGAUCCUUUCCCCUGCCUGGUCUAGCUCCUGUCCAAACAGCCAUGCCCUCCAACUGCUAGAGACCUGGGCCCUGAACCCUGUAGACAGCUGCCCCCAGAAUUGGGGCAUGGGAGGGGGGCUGGGGGACCCCAUGAUUCAGCCACGGACUCCAAUGCCCAGCUCCUCUCCCCAGAACAAUCCUGAUAAUCCCACGUCCCUACCCCAACCCUUUGCGGCUCUGUACACAUUUUUAAACCUGGCAAAAGAUGAAGAGAAUAUUGUAAAUACAAAAGUUUAACUGUU